AGUCAUCGCGAGACUCCAUAGAAUUCCACGAGCUUGUGUGUGCUCUGUCUGCUCCCCCCUCGCUCUCCGUUGGUAAAGAAGAAAAUAAACCUAAUGCUGCUAACCAGGCUAGUUAUGGAACCAACCCCUAAAUAACCCUAUUGCCCUCUGUGACUGGCCAAGAGGUACUUUUCCUGCAUGCAGCGUCUCUACCUGGAAGAAAAGCACUGGAACCCUUUGUAUUUUCGGACCGUCUCUUUUUUUAAAGUCAAGUUAAAUACGCCAGCCAGUAGAGGAUUUCAUUAGCUAGCCUAUUUGCAAGUUAGCUGACUGGGCUAGCCGUAGCCUAGCAAAGGAGCUCUGGAUGAACUUCGCAUGGACUGACUGCUGCGACUGGGAGAGGAGCCUGCUGACUGACUGCAAGCUUUAUUUUGAGUUGGGUCCUUCACAUGGGAGUCUGUUGUUACUUAUUUGGCACUAUCGCCUCGGAGGUUGAAGGCGAUAAGUGAGUGCAAAUGUUUUAUUUGUGGCGUAAGCAAUCACGUUAUUGAUCUGGAAACCCACUGGCAAGCUAACAGGAUAUUAGCCACCUAUCUCGACACUCCGCUUUGUGGUUGCAGGCCAUGGACUGAAAAGCAUCCGUCACUGACUGAGUGAUGAGAAGGCUGGCUUGAUGGCAGGCGGUAAUUAUUUAUUGGGAAGCAGCAAUUGCAUACAACUAAACAGACAAAAGAAGCGUUAUAUUUGAACCUUGUCCCCGAACAAUUAAAUUCCUGUUUGGUCUGUGUGCUUGAAAAUGCAUCGGAGUGCUGGAGCUUUUUCCAAGUUGGGAUAGAAGAGACGCACAAGAAAACAGCGGGACUACUCCACUGUUGAUAACGAAUCCUCCAGAGAAAUUAUCCCAGAGAUUUAAAAAAGAGGUGAAAUAUAAUGUCUGCCGCAAAAGAAAACCCCUGUAGGAAAUUCCAGGCAAACUUCUUCAACAAAAGUAAAUGUCAGAACUGCUUCAAACCACGAGAGUUGCAUCUAUUGACGGACCAGGACUUGACCCAGGCUAAACCUAUUUAUGGUGGAUGGCUGUGCUUGGCCCCUGAGGGAACAGACUUUGACAAUCCUAUGCAGAGAUCCCGGAAAUGGCAACGGAGAUUCUUUGUGCUGUACGAACAUGGCUGUCUGCGCUUUGCCCUGGAUGAAUCGCCCAGCACGCUGCCUCAGGGCACAGUGAACAUGAAUCUCUGUACGGAUGUCAUAGAUGCUGAGCCCAAGACGGGUCAGAAGAACUCCCUGUGCAUCAUCACCCCAGACCAGGAGUACUUCAUCAGAGGAGAGAAUAAAGAGAUCAUUAACGGGUGGAGUGAACAGCUGGUGGUAUACCCCCGGACCAACAAACAGAACCAGAAGAAGAAACGCAAGGUGGAGCCUACGACCUCCCAGGAGCCAGGUCCCGCCAAGGUAGCAGUGACCGGCUCCGGUAUCCCAGAGGCAGAGAAGGUUCCAGACUCGAGCUCCAUUAUCUGGCAGGAGGAGCUGAACCAGAGAGAGGCUGAGGGGGCUGCUGUGUGGGCCCCUGCUGACCUGCCUCCAGGAUCACCGCUGCCCCCCGCAGGUGACCUUGCACCACAGGGCUCUGACGUUGGCUCGGUGAAUGGCGAUGAGGUGGACCGGUGCAGCCAGCCACUGCAUGGCUCUGCACCCCAGCCCUCCAGUGACCUGCUCUCCCCGACAGGCUCAUGCUCCAGCCUGGGGGGCGUCCCGCGCUGCCUCUCUCCAGCCCCCAGUGAUCCCUUCCCCUCCGGCAGCUCGCUGCUCUCUAAUGGCUCCCACAUCAGCGGCUCGGUCAGCUCUCUGGACUCAGACGCCAGCGGCAGCACUGUGACUAGCACCGACAGCCAUCCGGCAAACCAGAGGGGCAGCCACUCGUUCAGCCACCACGACACGCCGCGAUCUCGAAGGCUGGAGGCAGAGGCCAGAAAGGCUGAGAAGAGGAGCCGGUUUAGGAGCCCCGACAGGCAGGAGAGGGAAGCCGUCCUCAGCCCCGAGAGAAGUCGCUCCGGUGUUAUUGAGAAGCUGGAGGCCUUGGAGCUGGAGAAUCCAGAGAAAAUGGAGGUGGAAGAGUCGGGGAGGAGUGGAGCCAGACAGGGCCGAAGUGAGCACAGACGCUUCCACAGAGAGGAGCAAAGGCACGACGUAGGUCAGGUUCUGGACUUCCCCUCCACCCUGCCGCCUCUGAGGAGAGCCAAGUCCCUGGACAGAAGGACCACUGAGUCGGUCAUGACUCCGGAUUUACUGAACUUCAAGAAAGGUUGGAUGGUGAAGCUGGAAGAGCAAGGCCAGUGGAAGAAAUACUGGUUUGUUUUGACGGAUCACAGCCUGAGAUACUACAAGGAUUCCAUUGCAGAGGAGGCCUCUGACCUGGAUGGUGAGAUUGACUUGUCCACUUGCUACAAUGUAACUGAAUACCAGGCUCAGCGCAACUACGGUUUCCAAAUACAUACCCAGGAGGGCGUGCAAACGCUGUCGGCCAUGACAGCAGGUAUACGCAGGAACUGGAUCCAGGCAGUCAUGAAGAACGUCAGACCCUCCACGGCCCCCGAUGUGGCGAGCUCAACUGAGGAUCAUGGCUCCUUCUCUUCUUUGGAGGGUCUGGUGAGGCCAGACGUCACCCAGGACUCUCCCUCCACUGAGGCAUCGUCUAUGGAGAGAGAAUCCACUCCAGGUGUCAUAAAGAGCCGGGCGCGUGAACGCAGAAGAGAAGGCCGCUCUAAGACCUUCGACUGGGCAGAGUUCAGACCCAUCGCUCAGGCUCUGGCUCAGCAGCGGGCUCAAGAGGCCGAGAGCCUCCAUGUAGACCUGGGAGAGCUGGAGCGCAGUCGGAGAAAAGAGGAGAGGCGGAAGAGGUAUGAGUCUGUGACUAGCUCAUCGACGGAGCAAACAACUGUUAAAGGAGGAGGGAGGACUGACUAUGAGAGUGGAGAGGGAGUCGGACAAACAGAUUCUUUGGGUCCCGCGUCAUCGGAGAGGAAGCAGAGGGUUGAGGAGGUGAUUGAACAACACUGGCAACAGGUGGAGAAGACACCCAUACGGGAGGAGAGGAGGGUGACUCUGCCCACCACAGUGCAAUCCAGAGAGACUGUUGAGCUGGAGCAGCUACUGGACAAUUACAAGCAAGGGAUAGAGGACCUGAAGGCUCAGUUGGAGAGCUGUCACCAGCAGCUCCUUGACUCAAACAAGCACAAGCAGGAGCUGGAGCUCCAGCUGAGAACGGCUCUGGAAAGAGAGCAUGACAUCCGGACAGGUUACAUCUCCCCACUGGAGCAUCCUUUGGGUCUGGAGGCUGAUGUGACGCCCCAGACGAAGAGGCCCGAACUGGCCACCUGUGAGAGGGGCUUUGCUGCCAUGGAGGACUCUCAUCAGAAGGUGAUCGAUGAGCUGCAGAGGAAAAACCAGAGAGAGCUGGAGAAUCUGCAGGAGGAGAAGGAGCGGCUGCUUGCAGAGGAGACAGCAGCCACCAUCGCUGCAAUUGAAGCAAUGAAAAACGCCCACCGGUCAGAGUUGGAGAAGGAGCUGGACAAGGCUCGCAAGGCAAACAGCAACACAGAAAACGCAGACAUAGAGGAGAUUCGCAGACAGCAUGAGGAGGAGCUGUGUUCGUUCCAGCGGGAGAUAGAGGUCUUGUCGGAGCAGUAUUCUCAGAAGUGCCUGGAAAACGCCCACCUGGCCCAGGCGCUGGAGGCCGAGAGGCAGGCCCUCAGGCAGUGUCAGCGAGAGAACCAGGAGCUCAAUGCACACAACCAGGAGCUGAACAACCGUCUCGCAGCGGAGAUCACCAAGAUGCGCUCCAUGACGUCUGAGGAUGGAUUAGGAGACUCAAACAUCACAAUACAGGGGAAAGAGCUCUACGAGUUUGAAGUGAUGCUGAGGGUGAAGGAGUCAGAGGUCCAGUACCUGAAGCAGGAAAUCAACUCCCUGAAAGACGAACUCCAAGCUGCCCAAAGAGACAAGAAAUAUGCAACAGAUAAGUACAAGGACAUCUACACAGAGCUGAGCAUCGUCAAAGCCAAAGCAGAGCGGGACCUGGGCCGGCUCAGAGACCAGCUGCAGCUGGCUCAUGAGGCACUCGGGGAGCCGUCGCUGGAGGAAAUGGAGCAAGGAGGAUAUGAUAUCAUGAAGUCCAAAAGCAACCCUGACAUCCUCAAGAUGGCAGCUGCUGCAGCCAAACGCUCAGAGCGCACCAUCAGGUCAAAGUCUGUGAGUCGAGACAUGCCCUGGGACAGUUAGGGCUGCAGAGGACGUGUAGGCCUCCUUCCCCUUCUCCUUUAGAGUCUAAAGGAAGGGCUGACAGCCGAGCAGAGACUCCACCUGUUUGAAAAUAAAGACGCUAAGGAGUUCUGACAGCGACGCAUCAUGUCUACCUACCUUGCUGCAUGUUUAGAAGUCCACUAUAUUUUAGCUCUGUAAUUACUUAUUUAGUUACACUACACACUGGUCACGAAACACAGAUCAUAUAUUAUAAACACAAAAAAAACAUGGUAUGAAGUUUGAAUUUCAUGUCUAGAUUUUGCAUUCCAUGCACUUCAGUUAACUGUGACAUUUUUUGUAUCGUUUAUUUUUUGCUGCCAUGUCUUACUGUAAAUACUGUUUUUAAUUGAGCAUUGUCAUUCACACACUAAAACUAUGACUGUGUAAGCUACUGUUUUAACUCCCUAGACUGUUGCUUGCCAAAGGCAUAAAUGUGAUGUUUAAAGGCUAAACACGACUACAUGUUGAUGAGUAGUGCAUAACUAAACCAUAGGAAUGAGUCUGGCGUUCAGGUCCGCACGUUAACGCUCCACCGCUCCAUCAUCAUUCCAGCACAGAUGGAAGUGUUACUCAGUAAAACAAGCUAUGAAACAAAAAUGCUCGUCUGCAUUAGAAAACAAAUACCCACCAUGUUGCUUCCCUGCCUGACUUCUACAUCUUAGACGUUCCCUUCAAUCCUUGGAUCAAUCAGAGAGCCGGGGGGGAGGCGACAUCUUAAUGCAUCUGGAUGGGAUUCACUGACUCUAAUUUAAAUAUAUAUAUAUGAACAUUUCUAUAGAGUUUUUGUUUUCUCUCGCUGCAAUCAUUGGUCCAGCUGUAUGGGAGGUGUUGGAGUCGGUUGUGUUUGUAGUCUUGUUCAGUGGCAGUCCCUUUGUAUUUAUUUAAACGGUUGGGAUUUUUCUUUCACAUUCCCAUUCCUUUGUACUCUAUUAUUGUAAAUAUAAAGCAAAUAUACACCAUCUGACUACAGGUUUAUUAGCAAUAAAUAUUUUUGCACCCUU